AUGGCAGAUCACAACACCCAAACCGGUGGCCAACAAGGAGAUUCCUUCCGCUCUCCACUGAGAACCUCAUAUCGGGAAGUGGAUUUCACAAUUCGUCCAUAUGACGACGAUUUGCAGCCCAUUGCUCGCGAUGAUCAUUCCCUCGCGACGUUGCUGGAGGAAUUAGAAAAGCACUUAAACGUCUUACGGCAGGGUGGUAGCCUCGCUCUUCAUAGGGGCGAAAAAUUAAUUGGUACACAGCUACUGGAACAAGUGGAGAGACUUUUUACCGAUCCUCCAGAGGUAGAAGGGCCACCGAUUACAUGGGCGAGAAUUAUACUCUGGGCUGGAGCUUCCCCAGAAAGCGUAUGCUCAUCGGCGCAGCUUUCUAUAGGAGAAAGUCAGAUCUCUCUGCGCGAGAAAGAACGUGAGUUCCUCCGUUCUGGCAGGGCAUGGAGGUUUCUUUCGCCAUGGCCUGAGCCACGUGAUAGGGACAAAGAAUUGCGAGUCGUGAAAGAGACUCUAGCUGAUGUUGAGAAGGUCAAAGAUAUGGCCAAUAAAAUUAUUACUGAAGCUACCAUUCUUCAGCAGUGUCUCUGCGCGCGAAGAGAGCUUCUUUCAAACAGCUCGAACGGCGAAAGAUAUAUCACAACCAAAACUGCUGCAACCACAGGCGUUCCUGCAGUUAGCUCGUACGCCGGCCAUAACCAGGAAACCCAGGCUCGUCUCGAGUCUGACAUUGUCAUGGACCAACCGGUCGGGGGCAGCAAUCCGGAUAUGCAGUCUUCUCAUUUUGCAAAUUUGGCGGCAAACGAAGAUCAAAAUUCUGAAACUGCUCCUGCGCGGCCGAAUGUGUUCGAUAUCGAGAUAGCCAAGUUCGCGAAGCCGACGCCGCCGGAGAUGAGCUCUCAGACACAGAGCGCCCUUGCACAGGAGGGAGCCGGCGAUAGCUGUUUGGUUUCUGAUACUGUCACUCCCUCCCCAAUUAUGACUCCCUUCACCUCGGGAGAGGAGACCGAUCUAGCCAGCCCCUUCGAAGGUACAACGAUCCGGCCAAGCAUUGAAAUCCCUACGGAGCCCAAGAGUGUUGUGUCCACUCCAAGCACUCCUCUCUCGAAAGAGCAAGUUCGUCACUCAGCUCUGCGCCCUGCUCACAGUGAUAUUAACAACCACAGCCCUAUCCUUGAUGCUUUCGAAAAUGUUAUCUCCGAUGAUGCUCAUGUCUCCACAAAGGCCUCGGAACUUGGAAUACAGCCUUCCAUCUCACAGGAAGACCCCGGCAUAGACGACCCGGCCCAUUCGGAUGCAAAUUUCCUGCGUCAUAUCGACUGCGAGACGGACUGUUACGAGAGCCCUCCAAGAUUUACGCCGCAGCACGAUGUAACCGACAUUACCAUCCAAGAGCAAGGCCUUGAAAGCGAUCAGGGCGAUGUUGAGAGAUCAAAUGCUCUAAAUGAUCGCCUAGGUGGCGGUUUGUGGCCGUCCGAGCAGAACGUCGUAGGCUCAGAUCGUCAUAUGAGUGUAGUGGCUCCCAGUCAAGUGGCGCAGCUUACAGCUAGUCGUGAACGUCUGCCCACGAUCGCUGUGGUGGUCCCGCCACCACCUCGACGGAAAUCAUUUGCGGUGGCCCAAUCACGAAUUUCAAAGUCUAAAAGCCAACAACCCCGCAAUUGCGAUGACUCUCAAGAUGAGAACGUCACUCAGUACAACCGCCAACCUGAGGCAAGAGACCGCGCACGUUCUGGGUAUUGCCGAAAAUUUCUAAGUAGCUCAACACGGAGGUCGACGCCUCUGUCAUCGGCAGGUCGCUGUAACACUCGAGAUAUUUUCGGGCGAACCAUCCUUACGAUUGAGUCUCACGGGUCAGAGGAAUUUUAUUUCUUCUCGUUCAUCCCAACUGCGCCCAAUCAGGUUGACAUACCGUCAUUACAAUCCGCUCCCCACGAGAAGCUGGGCCGCCCUGUGGGCCUUUCGCGUACACUUCCUGCUAGCAACUCCAGUAAAUCUGGGGAGAGGCGGCCUUACUCGCCUGCGGAGGACGCUCUCUUGCCUAUCUCCAACGCCAUAUUGGGCCUCAUCUUCGUCAAAUUCUGGCGUAUUUUGGGUUGGAAUUUCGAUGUCAUCUAUUUCAGGAAGUUCAUUUAG